AAGAAAACAUAAAUACAAAAAAAAAGAAAAAAAAAAGAAAAAUGUACACAUAAAACAAACAAAAACAGGAGGAGAGUUAAGAUUUGCGAACAAAACAUCAGCAUAAAAACAAAAGAGAAAAAUAAAAACAAAAGUAAACAGAAAACAGAAAACAGAAAACAAGAAAUCAAUGCACAACAGGUAGAAUUUUCGAAACGCAGACAACUCCCAAUGCGUCUAACCGGGCAUUAAAGAGAGCUGUAAACGAAAUCCUUAGUCAACCACAUUUUUUUGUUUUCUUCUUUUUUUUUAUUCGUUUGCUAAGCUGUUAAAGUUAUAGAAAUUCAAAGCAAGGAAAAAGACAGUGUAAACAAGAAAAAAAAAGAAGAAAAAAAAAAAAGUAGCAAAAGAAAAAAAGAAGGAAGAAAGAAAGCACUGAAAAGGAAAUUCACCCCUUACUAGAUAACACCAUUAAGUCAAGCUCACACUAAAAUUAACAACAAUGCGAAUGAACGCUUCGGUGCUUGCUAUUGUGUUCGUGCUCUUCUUGGGGUCAAAACGUUAUUUACAGGGUGUACGUGCUUAUCCACCCACUGACAUGAAGUCACAUUCACUUGCGGUACACAAUGACGGUGAUAAUGACGGCGCGAUUUAUGUUGAACCACAACACAACAAACCGAUCUACAUACGUCGUCAAACGAAACAAAAAAAUGAACGUACUGCUCCUGUUACUAGCUCCGUAACAGUAACGACAAAUUCUACUUCAUCAAUGCCGUCAACAGUGAAAGCCGCACCCGCAACUACAGAGAAACCGCAAUUAAAAUCUGCUUUUGUAUACAGGGCCGAGCUUCCAACUCUACCCGAACGAAAGACUGAGCAUCCUAUUAACGCAGCAAAUACUGUUGGCACUAGUCACAGUAAUGUACAAAGCGAUAGUGACUUGAUGAAAAAAAUUAUUGGAUCUAGUGUAGUAACCUCUGUAUCUGUUGUCUUAAACGGCGAUGAACCGGAGUUUACAGAUGCUCUAGGGCAUAAAGUACCGAAACCGCAGCCGUCUUUACAAGUCGCCAGUCCUAUAGAUCUACUAAACCCAGAUCGUUAUGAGUUCUUCACAUUCGACGAGAAGGGCGAAUUAGUUAAACGUCUAAUGACAAUGGAACAAAUUCAAAGUAUUGUAGCUAACGGAGAUGGAGAUGGUCCUGCAAUUAUACACGAGGAAGUAUUGGAAGAUCAGAAUCCGGAAAAGAAUGUCCAAUCCAUUCUAAAAAGUGUGCAAAGCGUCCUAGAUAAAGAAGUUGAAUCGAAUAAAAAUGCAACAAUGAAUGUACGACCAGUACUGGAUACUCCAGAUGUUUCAUCAACGUGGUCAAUGAUAUUGCCAGCUAUUUUCGGGAACACUGGUGAUGACAUAUUUCCACAUCAGAAACCGCAGCAAAUUGUAAUGACCCCAGAUUCUGAAAUAAUUGAAACAUACACUAAAUCUUCUGCCAGCACUGCUGUCACCACACGAAUCCCCAAGCCAAGCAAAAGAAGGCCAGGCCAAAAACGAAAGCCCACUACUACAACGACUACAACUGAACUUACACCGCAAGUUGUACAAGAAGAACUAGGACCUCAUGAAUCAGUAUACACAGGCAUGCAGCAAUAUCAGGAUUUGGCAGCAACGAUGCAAAAUUUUGACAAAGUUUCGCAGUUCCACGUGCAUCCAAUUUAUCAGAAAUUACCUGAAGCGACUAUACUGGAUGCGGCCUUAAUGAGUAGCACAGAACACGCAACACUUGAUGAAAGUUUUUCAACUCGACCAGAUCAAACCACUACAAUUAAAACGACUAAUAAGGUUCAUAACGCCGCUAGUAGCAAACGACCCUUUAUAACCAAGCAGAAAAUAAAAAAGAAACCCGUAACAAGCACAACUACGGUAAUACCAGAGAGUCUUCCUAAAGACACUGUCACGCAAAAGGACUCUCUAACGACUAUUGAGUUGUCCACAAAAACUUCUAAUGUCAUUAAUAUUGAGUCUUCGACAACCCCGUUAAUUAAGAAGAAAAAGAAAAGACCGACUCGAAAACCAGUUCAACAAACAGAAACCCAGCCUUUAAUAGAUUACAAUCCUAAUUCGGUUGAAAAACAACCCAAUCAAGAUCUCCCACUUAUAAUUAUGUCUUUACCGAUUGAUUUGCCUGCAGAAAGCCAUGAAUACCAAGAUGUAAUGUCCAUCAAUUCACUCUUAUCUAGAAUCAAUACAACUACAGCUGCCUCCACAUAUAAGCCAUUGCUAUCAACUACUUUCCAACUGAAGCCCUCAGUAACGCAGUCGCCUUUAACUAUGAUUCCUUCUGCACAACAAAUAAAAACCACCACUCCGCCACCAGCCAGCACUAUUGAUUAUGAUGAAUCACCUGUAAUCACGGAAGCUUCUAACGUGGCAAUACCAGCAUAUCCUCUACAUAUCCUUCCCUUAAGCGCUCAGGAAUCUGAAGAAACCGAUUUAAAUCAUUCCUUUACUCAAGAGGAGGAAGACCUACAUACUUUGGCAUCUUUCGAUAAAAUAAUGCAAUCAUUAACUCAGUCUAACACAUUUACUGAAAGUUUAAACAAGUCAGCAGACGCGGCCCAACUUAACAAAACAGACCAAGUCGAAGAAACGGAAGAGAUAGAUAGCCGAGAAAAGGUUGACUUCAACGAAACAACUUUACCAUCUGAUAUAGUACCCGAAGAUGAGGAAAGUCCAGCAGAUAAUAAAUCACAAGAAUCCCACUUGAUCGCAAACGAUUUUGUCACAGACUCGCCGUUAAAUGAUACGUUUGAUGACGUUAAUGGCACAACGUUAACGAUCCACGAAUCCGUUACUGAAUUCUCAAAAACAGAAGAUGGAGAAAUCGAAACUAGUGAAAUUCCAAGCAACAAUCCUUUCCACAGUGCUAUUGAAACUACUGCCGUACAAGAUGCAGUUACAGACCGUGUAUGGCAUAACGCUGAGGCCGCAUCCCAAGAAAUAACAUAUAGACCUGACUCAGUGAACAAUAAUGCAGGAUUUACGAUUGAAUCAGACGAAACCGAAAUAACCGAUUUUACUGAUCAAAUAUCUACAACUGAAAUUUUUAAAGAUGUAAAAGCUGAAGACGGAACGUCAACAAACUCACUUUUUUAUAAAGUUGAAAAUCCCAUACCUCAGCAUGAUUCCAUGGUCGUCGAUCUUCAACCCGCCCUAAAUAUGGAUGUUGUGAAACCCACAGAACAAAUCACUAUGUCAGAUUUUCAGACACAAGCCGCAACUGUCGCAUCUACUUUGGUCGAUGGAAGCCAUAGCUUAGAUCUUAAUCUGAAAACAAAUUUUAAUAGAGAUAAAGAUGAAAUACAAAUCUUAAUGUCCGACGUAUUGCAACAAGUUAACGAGCAUGAUAACGUAAUCAAAAAAAAAACAAAUUUUUACAAUAAUCGUUUGUCGAACAUUGCUCAGUUCAAUUCUUCGUUCCUUUCUAUGCAACCACUUAGGGAAAUCUUACAAAACCACACCGCGUCUUACAGUAACGAACACGGUGAAGAGCAUAAGCUUAGCGGUUUUUCAAAUAAUAACAAUUCGGCUGAUAACCUAACUAACAUAGAAAGUCUUGCCUUUAAAUCGGAAAUUACUGAGGAAUACGGUGCAGUUGAUGAUAUCAGUAACACUGAGAGUCCACCAACAGCAAUAGAAAACAUUUCAAUUGAAAAAAUCCAAGAAAUAGCUAUCACAACGACACCACAGAUAGACGCAGACAGAACGUCAACCGCUCUCCCGAUUAUUGAUACCAACAAACUCGAAAAUUCUUCCCAAUCCGACAGUAACGAAGAGGAUGUGGAGAUCGACGAGGAUAAAAUGGAGGAUGUAAUAGUAACCGAUUCUACGAAAUCAAACGAAUUAGUCUCUUCUUUAGUAAAUGUAAAUGCGUCCGAAAUUCACAACCAAAACGGAAGCCAAAGUGGUCAGGGAGACAAUGGCGCAUCAUUUGAGCAAAUGAAAAAUACGGACUCCGCUACCUUAAGCCACAUCGAUAAUUACUUCAAAGAAGAAAAUGCCGCAGCUCCGUUAAGCAGUAGCAACGAAGAAGAAAAAAUAAUCGACAAGCCAGAAAACUGGAGUUAUUUACAACCCGAACAUGGCAACCAAUCCGAUGUUAAUGAAUCAAACGAGAAAAGAAAAUCUGAUGUAGACAAGACAAACGAUGUACACGAAUAUAUAGAAAUAACCAAAGUUGAAACCCCUUUGGACAAUAUUAAAACGACGGACGAUUCAGAAAUUUCAGUUAAAAUUCAUGAGACCACAGAAGCUGUGAUGAAAUACACCAAAAGUGAAACAGGAACAACUGACCCAAUAAGGACAUUAGAUGUCAAUCAACAAGACAUUUCUACCGAAAAUAUCAGUACACAUCUUGACAGUCCCGUUGAUACACAAGAGAACGCCCAUUCACUGGGCAAAGAAACUCUUGAGAGUAAUGUGACUGAUUCAGCAGAGUUACCAGAUCGUCAAACAAACUCUUCCCAGAAAACAACUAACUCUGCUUCCCAAGAGUUCAACUCUUUAACAACAACAACUAACUAUGAAAUAAGUGAAGAAAACUCUCCAACAUUAAAUUCGACGAGUUUAGAAUCGGAGGGAUUUGAUGAUUCUUUUGAUGAAGAUCCUUAUAUAAAAUUAGGCGAAACUACGCAGCGAUCCACAUAUACCCCGCAAACAUCAACACCAAUACCAAAUCCGGUAAACUCAGUAGAACGAGAAACGGAAUCAAUCCCACACAGUGUGAAAGUUUCUCAAUCUCUAAGCGACGAAAAUCAUAGCGAUGGGAAUCAUUCCCUGGAGGCAGUUAACGUUGUUCAGACAGAUGUUGCCACUAAUCACGAUAUUGAUCGAACUGAUGAAAAAAAUGAUGGCGACCAAGCAGCUAAAUCAACUGUGCCAAUAACCUCUACCCCGUCUAUACCUACUGUUGCAUCAACUACUCGCCGUUUAAUUACUUUAAAGCCUGUGUCCUAUUACAAUAAGCAACCUCCAUAUACCUUAUAUCAAGAGGGAAUAGAAUCCCUUUAUAACAAAUAUGUACCACUGGCUCCAUAUGUUCAGCAAUCAACUACAAGUAGAAACCAGACGCACUCAGCUCCAGUGCCAUUACAGUCGCGUCCCAUGCAGCGGCCACCACAGCUUAGCAAUUUAAUGGCUAUAUCCACACAAGCAACUCGCCCGCCCGUUAAAUUAGAGCCCUCGCCACUCACCUCAAAAGGUUUGUUGGCCUCCGUUGCCAAUCUAGAUGAAGAUGUUUCUGUCUUUACUCAACUUUGUAAUGAACUAGCGUUCAGCUAUUGGAAAUCGAUAACAUCUGAAAAAAUUAGUUCUGCCAGAAGCUUAGUAAUCGCUCCUUUCGCCUUGACAUCAAUGCUUUCAAUGAUAUUUUUGGGCGCUCGUGGAGGUACUUCCGGAGAAAUGAACGACGUCCUCAGACUUGAUGAUAUGGUUUCAUUUAACCCUCAUUUAAUAUUUAAAAAUAUUACCGAAUCUGUCGAAAAAUCUACAGAUAAUAAUAUAGCAACGGCAGCGUUUGUUCGGCAGCUUUACAGUGAUCGAGUCAAUGGAAAGAUUAUGCAAUUCUUCAAAGAAAAAGUCCAACAACUCUAUUCUGGUCACGUAGAAGAAGUCAAUUUUCAUGUGGUGAACGACAUUAUACGUCGACGUACCAAUCUAUUGAUGAAACGUCAUACCAUGGGUAAGGUUCUGGAAUAUCUGCGAACUAACAGUGUGUGGGUGAAUGGUCCAUUGGCCACUAUUUCGGCUAAUCUUUUUCAAACCAAUUGCUCAGAAGGAUCAACUCAAGAUCGUGACGGGGAGAUGUUCUUCCAAGUUCAUCCUAGUGUAAGGCAACGACGUCUAGUACCAAUUCCUGCUGUGCUUUUUAAAAACGGCUUCACAGUUGGCUACGAACCUAACCUAGAUGCUACCCUCGUGGCCUUUGGUCGAAUACAGGAUACACUUAGUGCGAUUUACAUAAUGCCGGGUCAUCAAAACACUAUUUCUCCUUCGGAUAAUUUGGAGCGCUUAGAGAAAGAAUUAAUGCAAACCGCAAUUUCGAAAAAUGCUUGGAACAAAUUAUUAACAUCGCUUAUGGAUCGUCCUGGCAUGGAAGUUCAACUGCCACGUUUCUCUCAUAGGUCUUUUGUGAAUGCGACACUCGGUCUGCAGAAAAUGGGUUUGAAGGGCCUAUUUAAAUCUGAUUACGCCGAUUUGGGUGGUUUGACUGGAGCUUCGAAUCGCGAUAUAUAUCUUUCUGAUAUUAUACAAAUAAAUACGUUCAGUACUUGCGGCGAGGAAAGAAUUGCCGAUCAUCAUCAUGUCGAAAUGUAUCCAGCACCGCCAUUGCGUAAACGUAACAAAAAUGUAGAUACACAGGAUGGCUACGAUGUGGAUUCUUCUGAGGCAGUUAUCGAUUUUGGUUCACUUGUCCAGGAGACCGCAUUAGGACGAGGUUUCUAUGAUGAUCUGCUCGAUCCCAAGUACCUCGAAUUGCCUUUGCCGCUAAGGCCUAGGCAAGCACGUGUCCCCGAUACUCCAAGAUUGCGAUUUGAUAAACCAUUCUUAUAUUUUUUGCGUCACAAUCCAACUGGUAUGAUAAUGUUCAUUGGCCGAUUUAAUCCCAGAUUAUUGCCAUGAAAAGCUAUUCGCUAAAUCCGCAAUUAAAUUCAAGCCAAACGAAUGAAUUCACAGACAAACUAUGUAAAAAAUAUUAAAUUUAGUAAAUUCUCUAAAUCAAUGACGUAAAUAAUACGAACUUAUAAAAAUCAUGUCAAUAUCAUGAUGAACAUAAAUCCUAUAAAUUGCUUUACCUUAAUCACGAAUCGCAAACAUCGAAUGUCAUUUUAACGCAAACAUAAUUUCGCACAUUCUCAUAUCAUGCUUUAUUGAUAUUGAGGCAGAGGCCUUUGCGUCUGCGAUUCAAGAUUGACGUUUAGCAUGCGCAUCACGUAAAAAGUGAAUUAAGUCUAUGUUUUUUUUUUUUUUAAUAUUAAUCGACCUGUAUACUG